CCACUGGAGGAGACCCAGUUCAGUUCCUGGAAAGCGUUCGAGUUGUACAUCAAUGAGUAUCAGUCUCGGUCCUAUCAAGCAAGUUCUUGCAUUAUUUUCCGCAUCAGAACCAACACAUCGGCCGCCGAGCGCAACGCAAAGAUAAAAAAGUUCAAAACCGGGUCUGGUACACCCAUACCUGACAGUUUUGGCUUCUACGCGAAGACUCUUGUCUGUACACACAGUGGUGAGUUCAAGUCUCGCGGACAAGGAAAGCGACUACGGCAGGAAUCAAGGCAGACGGGAUGCACAGCACAGGUAAUGGUUGUA